GUAUUAACCUUACAUGGAAGGACAUCAUGAUCGGCCUUGAGAGUGCUAUCCUUAUGUUUCCAGUCAACCUUCUAAUCAUUUAUAUUUUCCGCAACACACAAUCAAGAGUUGUUAAAACAGAAAGGAUAAAAUCCAAAAACAGUAACCAUGAUCACCACUGCAAAUUCUCAAAAACCCCUUCUAUGCAACCAAGCAUCACAUCAGUGUUAGAGGAUUUAGAAAAGAUUGUGCGAAUUCUGAAACGUGAUUCUGAGGAAAAUGGACCAGAAGAGGAGAUGCCACUGGAAUCAACCUGCAAAAUCAGCUUCCUCCUGCAACUUAUUAUAGAAUUGCUGCACAAGCAGCCACCACCUGCAAGUUUAAAGGAAACUAUACCCUUGAGCCAUCUCUCCAGUGAAAGCUUGCGCUUCUUGUUUUGUGCACACUAUAUCUCUCGGAAGCUUAGGAAAGUAUCUUGUGAUCUUCAGAAAACUGGUGGACAGGAUUUUAAAGACAAACAUCACUUUGAUGAAUCCCUGAAAUGGCUGAAAAUUAUACUUGACGUGCUGGACAAAUGUGUCCCUCCAUUGCCUACACAAAGGCCCCCAUCUAAGAGACCAAAACUACAUAAACGCCUGCCAUGGUGGUUCCUGUUCAUCGGCUGGUCCCUUCUGUUUGCCAUAAGUGCUGUGUCCACUUAUUUUACUAUGAUGUAUGGAUUCCAGUAUGGAAAGCAGAGCUCUAUUAGAUGGAUCAUUUCAAUGGCGCUUUCGCUCUUCCAAAGUAUAUUCAUUCUGCAGCCUCUUAAGGUUAUUGCAUUUGCCCUGUUUUUCGCUCUUGUACUAAAGAAGGUUGAGGAGGAUGAGGAUUUGGAAUGGGAACUGAUAGCUCCGGACUUAAACUACAAUCAUGAUGAAGCAGCAAUUUGACUGACUGACAAACUCUUCUGGCAGUGGAUUUUGUAGGACUACCAGUCAUCUUACUUAUGACCAUUCAUUUGGGAAAUCUGUACUCAAAGGCACUAGGGAAGAACGUCUAAACAAUUUUCAGAAGAAACUUGGGCCCUUAGGGAUUUGUCACUAGCAAAACAGUAACAAAAUGACCAACCUUUUUGGCAGAAUUUGCAUGGAAACUCUACAUUUUACUUUAUAAAAUUAGAAAUGGUCAACAAUAGUAAAGUUGGUGGUCUGCAAACCUUU